AUGGCGAUCGAGAACAAAACUACCGAAGUAUUCGAAGAGGGAGCCUUGAACAAAUGUGGCAAAGAAAUCGUCGCUAGAAAUACUACGAACGACGUACUCGGUGGUUACCUCGCCUCGCGUUUCGGUGGUAAACGAGUAAUCUUAGCCACCAUUCUCGGUUCUUCAUUACUCACAUUGGCAAGUCCAGUAGCCGCUCGUACUCAUGCCUACAUUCUCGCAGGUCUUCGCGUUGCUAUUGGAUUCCUUCAGGGUGCUACUUUCCCUGCGAUGCAUACCAUGUGGUCUGUUUGGGGACCACCUCUUGAAUUAUCAGUGUUAACUGGUGCUCAAAUAGGAAACGUUUUUGUGCUACCUCUUUCUGGUUUUCUCUGUCAAUAUGGGUUCGAUGGCGGUUGGCCCAGUAUUUUCUACACUCUUGGAGUUAUCGGCGUGAUUUGGUGCGGUGUUUGGACAUAUGUGAUUACCGACAGACCGAGUGAUCAUCCUCGAAUUUCGGAAGCCGAAAAGGAAUACAUCACGAAAGCAGUAGAGGCGUCGACUGGAAAGCGUACAGGAAAGCAUCCCGACACGCCGUGGGGCAGUAUCCUUUCAUCUCGUGCUGUUUGGGCAUGCUGGUUUGGACAUUUCGCAGGUGAUUGGGGUGCAUACACAAUGCUGGUAUCACUCCCCUCAUUCUUGAAAGAUGUUCUUGGAUUGGAUUUGUCCUCGCUUGGCAUGGUUUCUGCAGUUCCUUAUGUUGCUUAUUUCGUUGUUAUCAAUAUUGGUGGAUUCCUUGCUGACUUUAUUCGUAGUAGAAAGAUUCUCGGCACUCUCAACACGCGGCGAGCAGCUAUGUUAAUAGCCUUGCUCGGUCAGGCGAUGUUCCUCGUGCUCUCCGGCUACUGCGGAUGCGGUCAAGAGGUACUAGUGAUAGUCUACCUCACGGCUGGAAUGGCUAUUUCCGGUCUACAAUACUCCGGUUUUGUGGUCAACUAUUUGGACAUUGCCCCCUCAUUCUCUGGCACAAUCAUGGGAAUGGGUAACACAAUAUCUUGUCUCGCUGGUAUUGUUUCACCAAUGGUCACGUCAGCGCUGACUCCGAAUGGAACCCAAGAAGAAUGGCAAGGCGUUCUGUGGCUGACAGCCGGUAUCCUUGCGACUGGCUCGAUAGUGUUCAGUAUUUUUGCUAGUGGAGAAGUCCAAGAGUGGGCGAGACACAAGGGAGGAGAUGGCCCUGAAGAACUACCUCUGAAAGAGGCAGAGGCGAUGCUAGAGAAAGACACUCAUUAA